CCCUGUUUUAAAGUUUUAAAGUAUUAGACCCAUGGUACAUGACUAGACUGUUGUUGUUGAAGGCACGUAUCAUUAUACGUACACGGCUGUGUGCUCUCUGGGUAUUAGUCUAUGUACAGAGCUACAAGAUACUGAUACGACGUUGUUUGUAUCCUACAAUCACUGGAGUCUAUUUGUGUGUGGGGGAAACUUGGCUACCAAGGCCACCCAGGUAGCUGUAUUCAGAGCUACUGUACUGUAGAGAGGAGCCUAGAGAAUCAUGUCUAACUCUACAACACCCACUGGUCCCACAAAGGCUGAGCAGUUUAUGAACUCUCCUCUAGUGGCAUGGCUCAAAACAUUUGACCAGACUGUGCCAAUAGAGACUGUGCAUGACCUGAGCAAUGGAGUACUGCUCAACAAAGUUAUGUACACUGUGGACCCCAAUGCCUACAGCAUGUCCAAAGUUAACAGGAGUGUCACCUUGGACUUGGCUUUGUGUCUACAAAACUUCCAAAUUUUGGUACAGAGGAUUAAGCACUUUUACCUCACUUCUGUCCAACAGCUCGUCAUUUGUAAUCUCCCUAACAUCUCGUCAAUCUGCUACGAUCCAGAGUCAGACUUUAGUCUAGACCAGUUGGAGAAGUUGCUCACUCUGCUACUGGGCUGUGCCAUACAGUGCGAAUCCAAGGGCCCCAUCAUUGAAAACAUGAAGAGCAUGGACCUAUCUCAGCAACAGUCACUUGUGCUGCACAUCCAACAGGUCACUGACUCCACCGACUAUGUAUGCUCCAUAGACUGGAACGACCUCGAGGAGAUCUCGAAACAGAGCCUUGAAGGGCUAUGUCGGCACGCCUAUAUUCACCUUCAACGUGUAGCCAAGGAGCGAGACCACCACUAUGACCAUAUCACAGAGAUCCUACUAGAGAGAGAUUAUUACAAGAGCCUUCAUGACUCACAGAACUCUGAGCUCUCUGUUCAUCAUGUAAACGGUUUGCCAGUAUCGUCACCGAUAAGAUCACCCUCUGUAAAUCCUGAGAUGAUUGAGCUCAAGAAAAAGUGUAGGGCACUGCAAGAGAAACUAGACGGCAGGGCCGAAACUCUUUCUGAUGCCCGCGAGGAAGGUGACAAACUGAGAUUGGCUGUGAAACAGCUCCAUCAAGAAAAGAGAGAGUUGGCUGAAGAUGCUAAGAGUGUGCGGGUGUACAGGGAUGAAGUUGAAGCUCUCAGAGUUCAAAGUGCAAAGGUUGAAAAACUUGAGAUCGAAGUAAUUAAGUACAAGCAGAAGGCCGAAGAUACUGAUUACUUGAAGAAAAGAAUUGCUGACCUUCAAGGCCAGAAUGACCUGAUGUCACAAACCAAAAAGCUCCUGGAGCAGAAGGCCACUUCUUUGUCUGCCAAGACUGAGGGUAUGGAUGAGCUUCAAGAAGCUGUAGUGUCCUGCAAGGUGAGAGCGGAGGCUCUGGAGGAGGAAAAGGAGAUGGACAGUCAGAGAAUAGAGGAGCUACUCAGUAACAAUACGCGACUGGAAAUAGACAACAGGCAGUAUCAAGAAAAGUGUGCUCUGCUGACUAGUGAGCUGGAAUCCUUAAGAGAGUCGUCUGCCUCCAGCAUUGGAGCUCCAGGAGAAUCUAGUAGCCUUAGCUUUGAGCUAACAGAGGCUGAUUUAGCAUCAAAGGUGAAGGUGGUCCGGCUUGAGAAAGAGGCUCGUGAAAUGGAAAAGACAAUGGAGGCUUUGAGGCAUGCCCAAGCCAAAGGAGCUGAGCUGGAGAAAACUACCAAGAAACUUCAUGCUCAGACACACAGUGACAGGAAAGAUAUAAUUAAGCUGAAGGAAGAGAAUGAAGUGUUGAAGGUGAAGGCCAGUCGUGUGGACAAGCUGCAGGUGGAGCUCAGCACUCAGAGGGAAAGGCUUGAUGAGGCCAAUAGGAUAGCACCAAAGUUGAAGAAUAUCAAAGUUCGCAAUGAGAACCUCUUGGAAGCUAAGGCUAAACUGGAGGAUGAAGUGGAGGCCCUUCAGGCUAAAGUGGCCCUAAUCAGUCACAUUCAGGAUGAAAAUGCUUCUCUCAAAGUCCAACUAGACUCUCAUAACUCAGAACAUGAAGAGGACCAGAGAAGACUGCAAGAACUAUUAGAACAAAACGCACAGCUAGAACUGGAGAAAAAGAAAGUAUUUGAAGAGUCUGAGGCACAGCGAGCCCAAUUGUUGCAGCUGCAGACUAGGAGCAGUUCGAGUGCUCACAAGACGAUACUCAGCCCUCCAAGGGUCUCAGAAGCUGAAAUAGCAUCUCGUGCCAAGCUCCAAAGAUUAGAGAAAGAGACUCGUGAGUUAGAGAAAUCGAUAGAGGCUCUGAGGCAUUAUCAGGCUAAGUGUGGAGAGCUAGAAAAGAUGAACAAAAAGCUUCAAUCACAGGCUCACACUGAUCGAAGAGAAAUCAUCAGACUUAAGGAAGAGGUCCAAGGAAGUAGGUCCAAAGUAACACGACUAGAGAUACAACAGUCUGAAAUGAAAAGCCAGGAAGAGCGACUCGAGGAUAUUGACGGAGCUAGUACCAGAAAGAUGAUGGAGCUGCGUCAGCAGAAUGCCCUCCUCUCGGAGACCAAGGUGUUGCUAGAGGAGGAGCUAACUGGGCUGCAUGCCAAACUGGAGCAGUUGGGUGACAUUCAGGCAGACAAUGCUGCCCUCAAUGUGAGAGUGGAGAGUCUGGAAGAUGAGAUAAAUGAAGAAGGACUCAGGAUGCAGGAGCUCCUACAGCAGAAUGCUCAGCUUGAGAUGAGCCAGGACAGCAAGUCUGUUGAGAUUGAGACAUUGAAGAGUCAUGUGGCACAACUUAAGUUGAAACUCUCCAAUGAAGACACAGACUCUAACGGACAAACUCAGCCAAGUGGUGUGGACCUUGAGAGUCAGACAAAGCUCUUGCGCUUGGAGAGGCAGAAUCGUGAGCUGGAUAGGUCACUGCAGGUGCUCAAGCAGAGCAGUGAGAGGGUCAAUGCAGGGGUCGAAAAGACAAACAAAAAGUUAACAGCCCAAAUCCAUGCCGACAAUAAGGAGAUUGCUAGACUCAAAGAGGAGUUGAGGAAGGAGCGCAACCAGCAUGCCAGACUCAGUAGAUUAAGCUCAGUUGGAGAUGAGCAUGACUUGCAGGAGACAAGGCAACUCCAAGAGCUAGAGUCCAAAUUCAAAGACUUCUACUCUCAGAGCCUGAGCAACAAGGAUGACAGGAUUAAGGUGCUUGACAGCAGAAUAGAGGAACUUACAGAUGAAAAUCACCAACAAAAGCAAGAAAUCAAGGACCUUCGUAUGAGUAUAGACAGACUUAAAGAGGUUGGAAGCCCCCGCAUUGUGAGCAGAACCCAUUCUCCUAGGGAGAUGAACCGUCUCAAGGAGCAGGCUGCAGAUGCGCUACGUCUCAGGGACAAGUUUCAUGCUAUACAAGAGGAGAAUAACCAUCUCACUAGAGACUUCCUAGAGGCAAAACAUGUGAUCCAACAACAAGACAGUCACAACCAGAGGCUCAAUGAUCGCCUUCAGAUGCUAGAGCAACUGAACCAGACACUAGAGGAAGAGAAAAAGACCCUCUUGCAGCAGGUCAAUAAGAUGCUGGAGAAAAACCAAGAGCUACUGGUCAAGACUUUAGAGAGCAAAGACCAAGCCUUUGAGGAUGAAAGAUUUUUGGCUGAUCGUCUUGGUGAGCUAGAAAGAGACAAGGCUCGUCUAACUGAGAAACUUAUUGCUCAUCAAAAAGAGCACAUCUCCAAGGAAAUGGACCAUUGGAAGAAAAGUAAGAGCAAAAACAUUCUUAAGAAAGGCUUUAAGAAGCUAAAAGGCAAGAUUCAAGGUCGCAGUCACGUGUUUGAAGUUCCUGAGCCAGGAGCUUUGGGCAGUAGCAACACCGUAAACAGUGGGUCAAUGGGCUCUCCAUCUGGUAGCUCUGGCGUGUUAGGAGGAGCUCUGUAUGCAAUAGAUGGAAACAUGUCUCAGAGCAGUCAGUCCAUCUCUUCAUCCAACAGUGGAAGACACUCCGAGGAUAUGGAAGAGACAGAGCAGCUUGAAUCUAACUCGUAUGUUCCUCGUGCUCCCACACUGGAUGGCAGUCCUUUCAUGCGUCCAAGAAAAACUCGUUCCUACACACUGCCUGGUUCUGGAGCAGUGAAGAUGAGACAUGCUCAAGCUGGUGCUUCGUUGAGCUUUGAACCAGAGAGAUCAGAUAACAACCUUAUCACACUGGAAGAUUUCCUGGCUGAGAGUGAGAAAACUCCUAAUAAGCGUCGUGUGAUGGAAUUAAAACGAGCCUCACUCAUCAUUGGUACUCCUCCGUCCACACCUCGUAACAGUAUGCUCUUACCUGUCCCUCCACCGAGUAACAGCAGUCAAAUAUUCGACCUCUCAGAGUUCCUAUCCAAAUUUGAUCCUGGAGAUGCAUCUGGCACCAUUCCUGAAAAUGAAGAGCUCCAGCAACUCUCAGCUGCAAGAGACUUCAGAACAUCUCAGCAAUCUGUGUCACAACGCUCCAAGUCCAGUAGUAGCUUGCAAUCUGCACCUAGUCAAACAUCGCUAUCAAGCAAAAAUGAUGGUGUUCCUGUGAUCAUCAACCCAGCUGCAAAUGCAAACUUUAAUAAUAACAAUAAUCCCCCUGUGCCAAGUAUUUUUUUUUCUGGAAUUGGUACACAGUUAUCUGGACCUUCAUCAUCUACCCCUAAUAGUGAAUCUAAUCCUUUCCAGGAUACUUCCCAAAUCAGUUCUCAAAGCUACACUGGUAAUUUUCGACCACAACAAACUUUGGCAGAUGAGCAAUUGUCCUUGACAGAAGCGUUAGCAUUUUUAGAGCCUCUCAAUGAAGUCAGAGAAGAGAAAAGUGCGACUGUAAGUGCUAGUCACAUGUCGAGAAGUAAAAGUACUGAUGCAUUAAAAAAAGAUAGCAAGCAGAAGACAAAAAGCCGAGGACUGUUUAAGAGAAAUUUUCAUCGAUCCACAGAAGGCUUAGUUGAUGAACAAAAAUCUAAAGUGAAUAGUGGCAAGCCUCCGAUGGGGAAGCCUGCAAAAAGUGGAAAGAAAAUUUUUGAAGAAAAGAGGAGACAAAGCACAUCGUCAUUAGAAGCCAAACAUGUGAAUGAGAAACGUCGAAGCACUCCCAAUCUUUCAGCUCUCACAGAUAUAAACCAGCCUCGAGACUUAUCACAAGCUGACCAAGCAUUCACACCAUCAAAGAGAAAAUCGUACGAGAAUGUUCAAUUUGAAAAUGAUUCUGAUCCCUUUUCAAAAAUCGACGGGAGCUUCUCUUCCUUAUAUCAGCCUGCCAGUGUUAGCUCAAAAAUUCCUGAGGAAGAAUCAGUAUGGCAAGAAUAUGGCCCUUUCUAGGUAAAUAAGAAUGUUGGUACGUGACUAAAACUUCCACAAAGUCUAUAUAUUUAGUGUACAUACAUUUCAUCCUUAGUUUGCUCCUCAAAUAUUUUGUGUUCUCAGCUGUAAAGUUUAUUUUAAUGCUCACAAAGCUGUUGUUUUGUGUAGCAUUACAAUGUCAUGUAUAGAAUAUGCAGUAAUGGUCCUUGCUCUUUUUUAAAAUAAUUAUAUAUUAAUGA